AACCUCAUGAGAGAGAAAACCGUUGGUUCCCGCCAAAUGCUCCCAACCUCUCUCCCUCUCUUGACUCUCGUCUCUCACUAGAAAAUCCUCCACUUUGCACCAACGACUCUUUCAACCCAUUUCAAAAACAAAAUCUUCCCAACAAUGCCCUUCAAUCAAUCAUCAAUUACCAAUCCUCCCAGUAGACUCUUCCUUAGUCCAACCUGUUCUCAUUCUUCUUCCCACCCUCUUCCCUUAUUUUCAUUGUUGUGGCUUCUUCCUUCUGUUCCUUCUUUAUACAUGCAUCCCCUUCAACCCCAAACAUCUCUUUCUUAUAACCCCAAAACCCCAAUUUCCCACUCCCACCUCUCUCACCCCUGACCCUUCCCUCAAUCUUUUGCUUCUACCAUGGGUAAUUGUUUCUCCCAUGGCAACAAAGAAGCUGCAAAAACCCAAAAACUUCAAUCUUUUGCCGGCAGCCAUGCCCCCAAGUCUGAAAAUGGAGGAGCUCAUGAACAUUCACACAAGCCUUCUAGUGUAGCGCCCACCAAGUCUUCGAAGAAUGCCCCAAUUGGACCUGUUCUAGGACGGCCAAUGGAAGAUGUUCGAGCAAUUUAUACGAUAGGAAAAGAGCUCGGUAGGGGGCAAUUCGGAGUCACCUAUCUAUGUACACACAAGGCCUCCGGCGAGCAAUUUGCGUGCAAGACGAUUGCCAAAAGGAAACUUGUCAAUAAGGAGGAUAUUGAGGAUGUUAGGAGAGAGGUCCAGAUCAUGCAUCAUUUGACAGGUCAACCCAACAUUGUGGAAUUGAAAGGAGCAUAUGAGGAUAAGCAAUCAGUACAUUUAGUGAUGGAAUUGUGUGCUGGAGGAGAGCUCUUUGAUCGGAUUAUCGCCAAGGGGCAUUACACGGAGAGUGCAGCAGCUUCUCUGCUGAGGACAAUUGUGAAUAUUGUUCAUACUUGUCAUUCAAUGGGAGUUGUCCAUAGGGAUCUCAAGCCAGAAAAUUUCCUUCUAUUGAACAAGGAAGAGGAUUCCCCUCUUCAGGCUACUGAUUUCGGUCUAUCUGUGUUCUACAAAGAAGGUGAAGUGUUCAAGGAUAUCGUUGGCAGUGCAUAUUACAUUGCCCCUGAAGUCUUGAAGAGAAGAUAUGGACCAGAAGUAGAUAUAUGGAGUGUUGGGAUCAUGCUGUAUAUUCUUCUCUCUGGAGUUCCUCCAUUUUGGGCUGAAUCGGAGCAUGGAAUUUUCAACGCUAUCUUGCGUGGGCAUAUUGACUUUUCAAGUGAUCCAUGGCCUGCAAUUUCAUCUGGAGCAAAGGAUCUGGUUAGGAAGAUGCUACAUGCAGAUCCCAAGCAGAGGUUGACAGCAUUCCAGGUUCUCAAUCACCCAUGGAUCAAGGAAGGUGGAGAUGCUCCUGAUACACCUCUUGAUAAUGCUGUCCUAAACAGGCUCAAACAAUUUAGAGCAAUGAACAAGUUCAAGAAAGUUGCUCUGCGGAUUAUAGCAGGUUGUCUAUCAGAGGAAGAAAUCAUGGGACUCAAGGAAAUGUUCAAAAGCAUAGACACCGACAACAGUGGAACUAUAACACUCGAAGAGCUUAAAGAAGGACUCUCCAAGCAAGGCACCAAGCUAUCUGAGUAUGAAGUUAAACAACUGAUGGAAGCCGCUGAUGCAGAUGGCAAUGGGACCAUAGACUAUGAUGAGUUUGUCACAGCAACGAUGCACCUGAACAGAAUGGACAGAGAAGAGCAUCUUUACACUGCAUUCCAGUACUUUGAUAAAGAUAAUAGCGGGUAUAUUACAACAGAAGAGCUAGAGCAAGCACUCCGCGAGUUUGGCAUGAAUGAUAACAAAGACAUAAAGGAAAUCAUUUCUGAAGUUGAUUCUGAUAAUGAUGGGCGGAUCAAUUAUGAUGAAUUCGUUGCAAUGAUGAGAAAGGGUAACCCCGAAGUGAACCCAAAGAAGCGGCGUGAUGUGUUUGUUUGAUUGGAUAGCAUUGAUCUACAGCAAGUGAGAAUAGAGAAUCUGAUUGAGAUGGUUUUGUGUGUGACAUUAAAUAUUAUCUCCCAGAUGUUGCAUGGUUGAGAAGCUGCAAAUAUGUUAAAAUCAAGGGAAUGCAAGAUUACUUCGUGUACAAUAUAAAAAGGGAAGAAGAGGUAGGGGUUUCGGGUUUCGGGUUUCGGGUUUAGGGUUUGGGCUCGGGCUUGGGCUCGGGGGAGGACAUGAACAGAACCAUUUGUAAAUUGAGAUUGAAAGGUUGUGUGGUUUGAUG